AUGUUAUAUUGGGGGGAGGAUGAAGAUUUGCAAGAAUGCAAAAGAUGCAAGACAUCUAAAUGGAGCGAUGCUAAAAAGAAGAAACUAGCAAAGAUCUUGCAAUACUUUCCACUAAAAUCGAGACUUCAACGAUUAUUCAUGUGUUCUAAGACUGCUCAAUCAAUGCAAUGGAAUGCUUCGGCAGAAAAGAAAGAUUCGAAGAUGAGGCAUCCGCGGGAUUCUGAAGCUUGGAAGACAUUUGAUUUACUUCAUGAUAGGUUUGCAGAAGAUCCUCGAAAUGUACGUCUUGGUCUUGCAGCUGAUGGAUUCAACCCCUUUGGAGCUAUGCGUACAAACUAUAGCGUUUGGCCAGUGGUGCUUAUUCCAUACAAUCGGCCUCCAUGGGAGUGCAUGAAGCCAACAUCACUUAUCUUGUCAAUGAUUAUUCCUGGAGAAAAAAUGCCGGGGAACAACAUAGAUGUAUACUUACAACCUCUUAUUAAAGAGUUAAAAGAGUUGUGGUAUGAUGGUGUUCAAACAUUAGAUAGGUUUAAGAAUGAAAUGUUUACAUUGCGAGCAGCAUUAAUGUGGACAAUUAGUGAUUUUCCAGGCCUUGGUAACUUGUCUGGGUGGAAUGUACACAGUAAAUAUGCUUGUCCUACAUGUAACUUUAACACUGAUUCAUAUAGAUUAAAGCAUGGUGGAAAAUGGUGUUUUUUGGGGCAUCACCGUUUCUUAGAAAGGGGUCAUAAGUUUAGGCUAAGUCGUGCAAAAUUUAAUGGAAAAGUUGAGUUGAGGGAUCCCCCAGCAGUACUAACAGGGUCAGAAAUAUUGGAACAACUUGAAAGAAUCAAUGUUUCAUUUGGGAAGGAACUACAGGAAAGUAAAGGUAAGAGGAUUCGAGGAAAAGUUGUUGAAGAAGACGAUGAAUCAGGGAUGUGGAGGAAGAAAAGCAUAUUUUUUUAUCUUCCUUAUUGGGAGUCUAACUUAUUGCGCCAUAAUCUAGAUGUUAUGCACAUUGAAAAGAAUGUUUGCGACAAUGUGUUAUACACUUUGCUCAAUGAGACUGGAAGGUCAAAGGAUAAUCUCAAAGCUCGUAAGGAUCUUAAAGAAAUGGGUAUAAGGAAAGAUUUAUGGCCAGAUGAAAAUGGGAGAUAUCAUCCAUCUUUGUUCACAAUGUCAAAUUCCAUGAAAGAUAUAUUCUUGCGUACUAUAAAGAAUAUUAAAGUACUAGAUGGUCUCUCGAGUAAUAUUUCACGGUGUGUUGACCUGAAGCAAAGAAAGCUUUCUGGAUUGAAGAGCCAUGAUUGCCACGUUCUUAUGCAGCAACUAUUACCCAUUGCCAUACGUAAUGUGCUACCAGAUAAAGUUACUGCAGUGCUAAUAGAGUUGUCUUCAUUCUUUCAACAGUUGUGCUAUAAAAGCUUAAGUCUUACAGAACUUGAGAAGCUCCAACCUCGAAUAAUCCUUACCCAUUGUCAUUUAGAAAUGUUGUUCCCUCCUUCUUUCUUUACAAUCAUGGUUCAUUUAACCUGUUGA